UGGACAGAAGCAUGAAAAAAAAGAAAAGAAAUUACGAAGGCAAUAAAAGGACUGAGAAAACUAUUAUGGAACAAAGCAUGUGACUAUGCUUUCAAAUGCAUAGUUACAUGCAUGUGGAACCUCACAGAUGAUGUCUGUAAUCUACACAGUUACCUAAAGUAAUGAAAACAUAUUUGUUCAGCAGCCAAGGUCUGUGUUUGGUAASAAUCCGUCUAUCUUGACAUGAACAGGUGCCAAAAAUCUCACACCUUUAUGAAACCAAAACGUGACAUGCAGAUCAGAUCUGGGGUCAGCAGUCGACCUCCACUAUAAAUACAUCAACACAACGCUAAACGUCACUGGUGCCCAGUAGAACAGGCAGGAAACAACUGGGAUUUACUCCUGGAUUUUACUCUCGCGAUUCUCCUUUGGUGUAAAUUUAGGUAAAAUUCAGAAUCUACUUUUUUAAGGUUUUGCAGAAAGAUGAAGCUCCUCCAGGUGUUUUCUUUCACUCUGCUGUCCGUCCUGGCGGCCAACGCUCAGGUCAUCAUGCCUGACAGAUGCCCCAGCGCUGCUGUUCAGCAGAAGUUUGAUGCCGCCAGGUAUCUUGGUAAAUGGUUUGAAAUCCAGCGGAUGCCCCACACCUUCCAGAGCGGCCAGUGCAGCACCGCCACCUACAGCCUGGAGAGUCCUGGUGUUGUCGGAGUCGUCAACAGGGAGCUGCUUGCAAAUGGGACCAUUGAUGUGAUCACCGGCAUCGCCAAACCCGACCCCAUUGAGCCCGCCAAGCUGCUGGUCUACUUCUUUGAGGACUCUCCUCCGUCUCCUUACUGGGUUCUGUCCACAGACUACGACAACUACGCUCUGGUCUACAGCUGCACCGACCUCGGCGUGCUCCACGUCGACUUCGUGUGGAUCCUGAGCAGGAAGCCCACUCUGCCCGACCAGACGCUGGAGGAGCUGCACGGCGUCCUGCGGUCCAUCGGAGUCAGCGUGGACAAGCUGCUGGUCACCAACCAGGACACAGAUUACUGCAGCCCCAUGAACCAGUAGACUGAGAUUAUGGAGUUUGUAUUUAUCGAYGCACAAUCUUUAUUUCAGAUUGAUUUAAUAAACUUGUGUGUCUAAAACAAACAAUGUGGGUUUCAGUGGUGUUCUACAUUUUUUUACGUUUAUGUKUUUUUAAUUGAAAGUGUCGCUUCAGAACAUAAAAGGUAAACUACAAUUAAUGUUGAGCGUUGCCAACUAAAAAUCAUACAUGGACACGUUUUGUUUUUAUUAUUUUCACCAAAAACAGAAAAAAAUUUGUGAGGUUGAAAAUACUUUUCGCAGAAUUGUAUCUUCCACUCUGUGGAUAAAAYGGAUGAUGAAUCAAAAUCUUUAGAUCCAGUUCUUCUUUAUAAAGCUACGUUCAUUAAGUGAAUCAUUAAUGACUGAAAAUUUUGUGUAAAACGACUUAAAUAUUUCUGUAACAUUCUGGAUAAAGUUUGACUGCUGCAUUUUAUUUGCAAAAAUGUAAUUCCUAUUAAAUAAACUUCAUGACACAUGUAGUCAUUUGUUCCAUGAAGGUUUUAUGAACAAGCUUAUUACAUUAAAUAAUACCUGAAGGACAUUUGACUCCAAGAUGCUGUGAUGGUGAAACAAUCCAGCCUUAGGAUAAUGAAAUGCCUGUUUAAAGAGCAUCAGAURAAUUUUGUUCAUCUUGAGAAGCGACAGGAUUUUCUUUAUUUGAAUUGAUUGACUCUAAAACKUAUAUUAGACAUUUUUUAAGCCCAUUUCACCUUUAAACUCUACUG